UUGAAUUGUGUGGAGAAUAUAAUUCAGAACAUAUUUAAGAAAACAAUUUAAAACCAAAUACUAGUUAAAGUUGUAUUUAUAAAGAUUAAAUAUUCAUAUAAUUAAAAAAAACUGAAAUAAAAAAAUAUAAACAAAGUUUAACAGCCAUGCUUUUACUCAGUGACUUCACAACUGUAUGUCCCAACAGUUUGAUGGCAACUUUGGGUUUUCAAAUUUACAAGGACUUGAAAAAUGAAGAACAAAGCGUGGGCUACCAGCCAAAAUAUGAUGCAAAUUUAAAAGUAUUUUAUUUACUGAAGGGAGAAAGCCAGGCAUAUGUGCCCGUUCUUCACACAAAAGCAAUAGAUUUUCUCCUUAUUGAAAGUCUGCAGGAAAAGCUGGAAAAAAUAACCAUAUUUCUGGCCAUCUUGGACAACACAGCCACCAUUUUAUAUUACCAAAUUAGCAAGGGAUUAUGUGAGAAGCCCAUCAAGGAAAGCAUUUAAUUAAUAGCAAUAGAUACAUUUAUUCAAAAUCAUAUCAAUAAUAUGUAUAUAUAGUAUAAGUUACAGUCACAACUUGAAGCUUAACAAAGUGACUGAUUUUAAAAUUAAAUCGACAAUCAUAAUCAUAAUAAUAAAAAUGACAAUAGAAGAUCUGAAUUCUUGUUUCGAAUCGUUAUUUAUCAAUAAUUAUGCUCACAUAAUGAUAGGCUUAGACGCUACACGUUUCAAUAAUAGAUUAAACUUAAACAACUAAGCAUUACAUUUAAUAUAUAGCGUAUAUAGGAUCCUAGGCCAUAUAAAUAUAUAUAGAUCUGUGACAACGAGCAGAGUUCUUCGUCGCUUUAUAUAUAUUCUCGAUCCUCGUAUCAAUCCUUCCGUUCUAUCAUCGAAUAAAAAUGCUCAAAGCAAUACAGUUUCUUGUAUAUAUGUAAUUGUAGGUGUAAUAAUAAUAAUAAUAAAUAACAAAUGUU